AUGGCCAUCGAAGUCGCGUCAUUGCCCCUACCGUCCUCCGCAGAUCCCUCCAAAUUUGCGGACUUUGGGCGCGAAGUAAAGGGAGUUCAUCCGGGGACCUUGACUCCGGAACAAUUCAUAGAGAUUGAGCAGUUGCUGUACACGCAUAGCGCCCUGCUCUUCCGCAAUGUUGAUCUCACCCCAGAGCAGCAGUACACCCUGACCAAGGCAUUCGAUCCCACUUGCGAGAAUUAUGGUCAUGGAAUGGAUCUCGGCAGCAACAAAAAGUCGAUCCUGCAUCCCGAUCUGAAGACUAUACCAGCCGUGCCGCAGGUGCAGCUCAUCGGAAACGGAACCGUGUACGGUCACGAAGGUCUCGCGGAGGCAAAGCUCAAGCAUCCGUCGCAUACGACGUUCCACAAGACACGCGUCUCGCCUGAAGACGAGGCGAAAGGCGCGACGCGUUUCUACCGCUGGCACAUCGAUGCCGCCCUGUACGAUCUCUCGCCACCGAAGGUGACGACUCUGUACGGGCUCAAUGUGCCGCAGGGACCCAAACAGAUUUGCCGCUAUGACGACGGUACUGGUGAUGAGCUUGAAGUCCCCCUUGGUACUACGGCAUUUGUCUCGGGCAAGACCAUGUUCGAGAUUCUACCGCCCGAGCUGAAGAGCCUGGCCGUGCGUAGUAAGGCCAAGUACGCUCCGCAUCCUUACGUCUGGAUGGCUCCCGCCCACGCUAUGUCCACUGGUCUUGGAAUUGAGACCGAAGGUUUGGAACUCCCGCUUAGUGAGCUCCCUCCAUGGGACGAGUCUAAAGUCAAGGUUCUGCCUGUCCUUUGGAAGAACCCCAUCACGGGUGAUCUUCACUUCCAGGUUCACCCGUGCGCUGUGUCUGAACUCUACAUUGACCCUCUACCUGGGAGCGCAAAGAAGGAGGGCGCGUUGUACCCCGACGGCGCUCAUCUCACUGAUUUGGAUGAAGUGAGAGGCCUUCUGUACAAGAUGCAGAGACCGGCUAUUGCACCCAAGCUGGUGUACCCUCAUGACUGGCACGAGAAAGAUCUUGUCAUUUUUCACAACCGCGGCGUACUGCAUACUGUCGUCGGUGCAUUCACGCCCGACCAAGUACGCGCUUUCCAUCAGUGCAACCUCGCCGCUUCCGACGACCCCGCCGGUCCCAGCGCCGCGGAUGUCAAGAAAUGGGCCUAG